UUCUCCCAGACUAUUCGCUGUCUGUUUUGCAGAUGGCGGAACUGGGCCGUGGAUGUUGCCGUUAGCUUAUAUUAAUUUAAUGUUAAAUGAAAAGUAACUUAAUGUUGGCGCUUUUAGCACAUCAAUGUUAAACGUUUGUUUUUAUUCUUGAAUCGUUGCGCGAGUUUGUAUAGCCACGAUACGCGCCUUUUGUACAGUAUUUAUUUGUAAGUAGGUACAGUGUUAGCAUCUUUGUUGGGAAGUUUAGGCCUUCCGCUGGUCGAUUUUAACAAUAGCCCGACUGCACUCUUUAGCUUGUUUUGGUUUAUGAAACAAGAAUUGCAUUUAACGCAAAGCGAAGAACAUGUGAGAAAAGCACAUGAGUGUAACACUUUAGCAACCGAGAAGUUUGUUAUGCCGACGGACAAUUGAGUUGUUUGGAAUAUAAUACGUUUUCUGAGGCGAGCACACAAAUUAGGACCACAAAGAAAGAUGUCUAACGGCGAAGCACAGAGUGGAUGUCUGCCCUGGUUGGAGGCGGCCAAUGGCAAAGGUGACGCCGGCAAAAUGAAUGUGCCCAAGAACAAAGCAGGCUCCAAGCUCUCUGUGGAGCGAGUGUAUCAGAAAAAGACCCAGCUGGAGCACAUUCUCCUCCGUCCAGACACCUACAUUGGAUCAGUGGAGCCGGUCACCCAGCUGAUGUGGGUUUAUGAUGAAGACAUUGGGAUGAACCAGAGGGAGAUCACUUAUGUUCCUGGACUGUACAAAAUCUUCGACGAAAUUCUCGUGAAUGCGGCGGACAACAAACAAAGGGACAAGAACAUGACUGGCAUUAAAAUCACUAUUGAUAUAGACUCCAACAUCAUUUCCAUAUGGAACAACGGUAAAGGAAUACCUGUGGUGGAGCACAAGGAUGAAAAGAUGUACGUUCCAGCUUUAAUUUUUGGCCACCUGCUCACUUCCAGCAACUAUGACGAUGAAGAGAAAAAAGUCACAGGUGGAAGAAAUGGAUAUGGGGCCAAACUUUGCAACAUCUUCAGCACAAAGUUCACAGUGGAAACGGCAUGCAAGGAAUACAGACACAGCUUUAAACAGACAUGGCAGAACAACAUGACGAAGACGGCGGACCCCCGGAUCAAAUUCUUUGACGGAGACGAUUUCACUUGUGUGACAUUCCAACCAGACCUUGCCAAGUUCAAGAUGGAGAAACUUGACAGAGAUAUUGUUGCACUUCUCACACGCAGAGCAUAUGAUAUAGCAGGCUCCUGCAAAGGGGUUAAAGUUACACUCAAUGGAAAAAAGCUACCUGUGAAUGGUUUCCGCAGCUAUGUGGAUCUGUAUGUAAAGGACAAACUGGACGAGACUGGUGUUGCCUUGAAGGUGGUCCACGAAUCCGUGAAUGAUCGCUGGGAGGUUUGCCUCACGAUGAGUGAAAAGGGAUUUCAACAGAUCAGCUUUGUGAACAGCAUCGCCACGACCAAGGGUGGCAGACACAUUGACUACGUGGUAGACCAGAUUGUUUCCAAACUAAUCGAAGUGGUGAAAAAGAAGAACAAGGCAGGAGUGUCAGUGAAGCCUUUUCAGGUGAAAAACCACAUCUGGGUGUUUGUGAACGCUCUGAUUGAGAAUCCCUCCUUUGACUCCCAGACGAAGGAGAACAUGACACUUCAGACCAAAAACUUUGGGUCCAAAUGUCCUCUGUCGGAAAAAUUUAUUAAGGCUGCGACCAACUGUGGAAUCGUGGAGAGUAUACUCAACUGGGUUAGGUUCAAAGCUCAGACACAGUUGAAUAAGAAGUGUUCAUCUGUGAAGUACAGCAAGAUCAAGGGAAUCCCCAAGUUGGACGACGCUAACGAUGCUGGUGGCAAGCACUCGGCUGAAUGCACACUCAUCCUCACUGAGGGAGACUCGGCCAAGUCUCUAGCUGUCUCUGGACUAGGAGUAAUCGGUCGUGACCGAUAUGGGGUUUUCCCACUCAGAGGAAAGAUUUUGAAUGUGCGAGAGGCAACGCACAAGCAGAUCAUGGAAAAUGCAGAAAUCAACAACAUCAUCAAAAUCGUUGGCCUCCAAUACAAGAAGAGCUAUGAGGAUCCAGAGUCACUGAGGUCCCUGCGCUACGGCAGAAUCAUGAUUAUGACUGAUCAGGAUCAAGACGGCUCCCACAUCAAAGGUCUGCUCAUCAACUUUUUCCACCACAACUGGCCGUCACUACUCAAACACAAUUUUCUGGAGGAAUUUAUCACCCCCAUUGUGAAAGCAACCAAGAGCAAACAGCAACUGGCCUUCUACAGCAUCCCGGAGUUCGAUGAAUGGAAGAAACAUACAGAAAACUUUAAAAGCUGGCAUGUAAAGUACUACAAAGGUUUGGGUACAAGUACAGGUAAAGAGGCAAAGGAUUACUUUGCGGACAUGGAAAGGCAUCGCAUCAUAUUCAGAUACGGCGGCGUCGAGGACGAUGCAGCUAUCACUCUGGCGUUCAGUAAGAAGAAAACAGAUGACAGGAAGGAGUGGCUGACUAAUUUCAUGGAAGACAGACGCCAGAGGAGGAUGCAUGGCCUACCAGAGCAAUACCUGUAUGGGACUCAGACCAAGCACCUGUCGUAUAACGACUUCAUCAACAAAGAGCUCAUUUUGUUCUCCAAUUCUGACAAUGAAAGAUCAAUCCCAUCUCUUGUGGACGGCUUGAAGCCAGGUCAGAGAAAAGUGCUGUUCACCUGUCUAAAGAGAAACGACAAGAGAGAAGUAAAGGUAGCACAGCUGGCUGGUUCAGUGGCAGAGAUGUCCGCGUAUCAUCACGGAGAGCAAGCUCUCAUGAUGACAAUAGUGAACUUGGCCCAGAACUUUGUUGGAAGCAACAACGUCAACAUUCUGCAGCCCCUGGGUCAGUUUGGUACUCGCAUCAAUGGAGGCAAAGAUGCUGCCAGCCCUCGUUACAUUUUCACCAUGCUCAGUCCUCUUGCGAAGCUGCUUUUCCCAGCAGUAGAUUCCAACCUGCUGAAGUUCCUCUAUGACGACAACCAGAAGGUGGAGCCCGAGUGGUACAUUCCCAUCAUUCCACUGGUGCUUGUAAAUGGUGCCGAGGGUAUCGGGACCGGCUGGGCAUGCAAAAUCCCCAACUACGACCCCAGAGAGAUUGUGAACAGCAUCAACCGUUUGCUGAAUCACGAAGAUCCACUGCCAAUGCUUCCAAGCUACAAAAACUUUAAAGGAAUCAUCCAUGAACUUGGUCAGAACCAGUACCUAGUCAGUGGAGAGGUUUCCGUCUUGGACAAGAACACGAUUGAAAUCACUGAGCUUCCUGUUCGAACGUGGACACAGGCCUACAAGGAGUCUGUGCUUGAGCCCAUGCUGCAAGGCACUGACAAAACACCAGCCCUCAUCACAGAUUAUAAGGAGUACCACACAGACACAACUGUCAAGUUCGUGGUCCGCAUGACCGAGGAGAAGCUGGCUCAAGCUGAGGCCGCCGGCCUCCACAAAGUGUUCAAGCUGCAGUCCAGCCUCACCUGUAACUCCAUGGUUCUCUUCGACCACAUGGGUUGUCUAAAGAGGUACGAGUCAGUCCAGGACAUCCUCAAGGAGUUCUUUGAGCUCCGUCUGCAGUAUUACAAAUUGAGGAAGGACUGGUUACAGGGCAGUCUCGGAGCUGAGGCGGCAAAACUGUCCAACCAGGCUCGCUUUGUCCUUGAGAAGAUUGAGGGGAAAAUUACAAUUGAAAACAAAUCCAAGCGAGAACUCAUCCGUCUCCUGAUUCAGAAAGGUUAUGAGUCUGAUCCAGUGGCAGCUUGGACCAAAGCACAAGAGAAGCAGGCUCAAGAGGAAGAGGACAAUGAUGGAAACGAAAGUGACGGCUCUUUGGAUUCAGGCUCCUCAUCUGGGCCCAACUUUAAUUACAUCCUAAACAUGCCCCUGUGGUGCCUCACUAAAGAGAAAGUGGAGGAGUUGCUCAAACAAAGGGACCAUAAGACAGGAGAACUGAAUGAUCUCCUGAAGAAUUCACCCGAGGAUCUGUGGAAAGGGGACCUGGCAGUCUUCAUCGAGGAACUAAAUAACGUGGAGAACCAAGAGCGAGAGGAACAGAAUUCAGGAAGGGCCAUCAAACUGGUCAAGGGUAAAGUGGGCAAACCCAAAGCAAAGAAACUGGCCCUCGAGGAGACCCUGCCAUCGCCGUUUGGCCGCAGGGUUGACCCUCCGGCUCAACCAGUCAAAUCUGAUGCCUCAAAGAAGCUGACCAAAAAGAAGAAGGGUGAUACAGACCUGUCACUGAAAUUGGAGAUCGAUGAUGAUGGAUUGGGAGGAGAGGCACCUGCAGCAGCUGGAGAAAAUGCUGUCACCAAACCAAAAGCACCACGGGUAAAGAGAGAGAAAAAAGAGCCAGGAGCUGCUAAACCUAAAAGAACUCCAGCAUCAAAAUCUGGCUCGGCGAAGAAGGUAAAGAAGAGGAACCCCUGGUCUGAUGUGGAGUCCAACUCUGAAAGUGACCGGGAGAACAGUGAGCACCUCAUCCCUAGAGAGACAAAGUCCCAAAGGGCAUCAGCGUCCAGGCCCAAGUACACGUUUGACUUCUCGGAGGAAGAGGAGAAUGCAGAAGAAGAGUAUAACGACCAGGACGUUGCAUCUUCUCCGAAAAGUUCGUUUAAAGAUGACGUCAUUUUAUCCGUAUCCAAGAGCAGCUACAGCAACCACAACGAUGAGGAGGACGACGAUGAUGGCAUUGGGGUUUCAUUCUCUCCUUCGAAACCCCAGUCUUCAUUUGUACCUGAGAAGAAACAGAGCAGCUCCUUCUUCUCAUCGAAGUUGGACUUCUCUGAAAAGAGUAACGACAGCGAUGGAUCUCAGUCUGGGAGCGACAACGAAAACGGCCCAGCGCUCUCGUCGUACUCCAGCAGCUCGGCCUUUGACAAAUUUUCUAUAGAGAAAGCAGCUAAAAAACCUUCCAAUACAGACAGCAAGAAGCCACCAGCACCAAAGGCCAAGAAACCAGAUAAAUCCAUCUGGGACUCGGACUCCGACACUGGGUCUAAGAAGCCAGCACCAGCUCUUAAAGGUAAAGGCCGGGGAAGAAAGCGAAAGGGCUCUGGGUCUGAAGACGAGUACAGUCCAGUGAAGAAGAUGAGCAAACCUGCCAGCAGAAAGCCUCAGAAACCGCCGUCUGAUAACGAGGAAGACUUCGAAAGCAUGGGUUCGCUGAGCGCUCUGUCGUCCGAUCGCCGGCCAGGCCGAGCCAAGAGGGACAUCAAGUACUACCACGAGUCGGACAAUGAAGAAGAUGAUGAUGAUGACAACAUGUUUGAUUAAAACAGAAAGACCAGCCACAGUCUCCCGAAAACACUCCGCUCGUAUGGAAGUCAAAUCCUGUGUUCCUACAGACUUUUGUACAUUUCUCUUUUUUCAUUUUAUCUUUCAUUAAUUGUGAUGUUUUAAUGAUUUUUUUUUUUUUUAAUUGUGUAGUUGUUCUUACCGUUUUUUCUUACACAUUUGUAGUUAUGGUUUUUUUUUAUUUUUUAUUGCUCAUUAAAAUGUUCUGUAUUUGUGCUGUGUGGCUUUUAGAUGUUUAGAACACUGCUUUAGCACACUGUAAUUGUUAAAAACCGAUGUAACUUUUUGAACAUGAAGUUGAAAAAAAAGUAAACGAUAAAAUAUCUUGU